GCCCUGCCCGCAGCGACUUCGCCCGUGAGCCUAGCUCCACAACGCUGCACCGUUGGGAUCGUUCCUUCACGGCACCAACCUUCUCAGAAGUUAUCGGACAUUGGGCGAUGGGCUGCAUAAUACUUUCAUGCAGGUUGCAUUGACUGUUCUUUCAUUUCCAGAGGGCCAGAUCGCAAUGAGUCUGGAAGACCCGGGCGCCUGACGCACAUCUCCGGUCACGGCGCUAAAGCCGAACGCAGCAGCCGAACGCAGCAGCCGAACGCAGCAGCCGAACGCAGCAGCCGAACGCAGCAGCCGAACGCAGGCCUUCCCUCUGAUAACGGCCCCUGAAAGGAAGUGGCGCAGCGCUGGGAGACAAAGCGCCCUUUUUUCAGAUCGUCGCCAGCAGAGACUGGGGAGGAGAGCGUGUGCAGAGAGCCCUGAGGAGGAGGACAGAUUCAGAGAGCGUCCUUCUUCUCUCCUCCCUCUCUUUGUUCCUUUGUUUUCACUGAUAGCAGAGCGCUCUUUCGUUCCUAGUGAGUGUAUUGUGGCCAUUGUCUGCCACCUGUAUCAACGGGGGCGAGUACAAGAUGGGGGUAUGAGGGUUGUGAACCCAAGUGCACCAGUCUGGGGGUACGAGCUCGGGGGUGUGAACAUGGGCAGUGUCCUAUUGGUCUGCUUUGCUCAGGGUUUCACUGGCUGGCCACUGGACAGCCAGCACCAGUGAAAGUCGCCUCAGACUUGAACAAUGAACACAGGCCCUCUGACUGUUGAGAGGCUGGCUCCGCCCCCUGCCUGCGAUUGACACAUAUUCCCCUGCUCUCUACAGUGAGCACAGAGCUUCCUCUUAAAGCAGUGGAGUGAUGCGAUGAGCAGGCUCAGACAUGCCUUACGUGGAUCGGCAGAACCGUAUCUGUGGCUUCCUGGACAUCGAGGAGAAUGAGAACAGCGGAAGGUUCCAGCGCCGAUACUUCAUCCUGGACACCCAGGAGGGCAGUCUGGUCUGGUACAUGGACAACCCUCAGAACCUGCCGCUGGGCAUGGAGCCGGUCGGCUCGCUCAAGCUGGCCUACGUCUCUAAGGUCAGCGACGCCACCAAACUGCGGCCCAAGGCGGAGUUCUGCUUUGUCAUUAAUGUUGGGAUGAGGAAGUUUUUCCUGCAGGCCAAUGACCAGCAGGACCUGGUGGAGUGGGUAGACGUUCUCAAUAACGCCACAAAGAUCACAGUGCCAAAAUCUUGCGAUGUCCCACGAGCUGCCGAGAACAUCGCAGGUACAAAGAAGCAGGCCUCCUACAAGACGGAGAUUGUUGCUGGAGUACCCCUUAUCACCAUGACGCAGCAGGAAGGGUCCGACGGGCAGAACGAGGGCAGCCGAGAGGAGGCGAAGAGGGCCUACAGCCAGCUGCCCUACUUCCUGAGGAGAACCUCGCAGGACCAGACGGCCAUCAAGUCCGGCUUCUGCGUCAAGCAGGGCGCCGUGAGGAAGAACUGGAAGCGAAGAUAUUUCCUGUUGGAGGAAAACUCUUUGAGCUAUUUCAGAUCAGACAUGGAUAAGGACCCAUUGCGAAUAAUCCCACUGAAAGAAGUUCAUAAAGUUCAGGAGUGCAAACAAAGUGACCUCAUGAUGAGAGAUAAUCUUUUUGAAGUUGUCACUGCAAACAGGACCUUUUAUAUUCAGGCGGACAGUCCAGAGGAGAUGCACAGCUGGAUAAAGGCCGUCUCAGGCGCCAUCGUGGCACAGCGUGGACCAGGCCGAGCUGCAGCCUCCGAGCAGAGCGACCGUUCCUCCUCUUCCAUGUUCUACCGCAGAGACCCGUCAGCAUCUACAGUACCACCCUACCCACAAUUCCCUGUUCUUCAGCCCCCUAUCAACCCGCCACCUUACAGUGCCCGCCCGCAGCCUGAGCUGGGACAGCAAGUUGUUCCUCAGCCUCCUGCCCCGCUCCAGCCACGCCCGCGCCCACCUGUGGCUUCAGGAGACCAGGCUUUCCAAGUGAGUGAAGAGUCACCUUGGAGACGGCGCAGCAACUACGUGGAAGGUCCCUCUGUGCCGCCCCCCCUCGACCUGGACGACACAGACCUGCUCAUCAGCGAAGUGUGAGGCCCCCGUCUGGCCCCCCACGUCUCUGUCUGGGGAACCCCCUGCCCCUCCCACAAACUCCACCCCCACCCCUGAAUGACAGGUGGAGAACUGAGCUGGAUGCUGUGUUCGGUGUCUAUUAAACAGGGUGAAGAAAGUUUACAGUUAAUGCCAGAGAAAGUUUCGCAUCUCUUUCAAAGCCCAUCUGCAGUCUCACUAUGAGCGUACGGUACGCUGCCAGUCCUUCACUGACACUCAGAGACCAGCAGGGGGCACCAGGAGGCUAACAGGGUUCCCACAGACAUUGUGAAAGGGGAGACACUGCCAGUGUCCUUUGUGAAUUUCAUUUUUGUCCUUCUUUUGUAUUUAUUUCUUGUCAGUGGACUGCAGCUCCAUGUCUCUUUACACCCAGAUUUCCUUUAGCGUACCUCCUCUACAUUCAUUUGGUUUUUAAUGUGGCUGUCAGCUCGGCUUCAUUUUUACAGAAAAUCGUGCAGAUAAAUGUGUUUAUUAAUUAACGGGCUCUCUGUGGAUACAUUGUCCCUGCACAUCGUAAUAUGCACAGAAAAGUCAUGGUUAUUUUAUAUUUUAAAAUUAUAUUGUGUAAUUUGGGAAAAUGGAAAUGACGUGUUAUGAAGGGCAAGCUAAUUUUCCCAGAUCAGAUCAAUCCCAGACGCAGGUACUGAAACAGGUGUGUCAGUUACAGGUACUGAAACAGGUGUGUCAGUUACAUGUAUUCAAACAGGUGUGUCAGACACAGGUACUCAAACAGGUACUGCAGUAAUUAAUCUUUUCUCUGAUUACUUACGUUACUUUUCUCAUUAUUUUUAAUGCUUUCCCUUCAUACCGAGUAUGUAUAACAGUGUGCUGAUGUAGUAUUUUCACGUGACACGUCCCCAAACUCUGGGGAACUGUAAUUUUAACCGUUUUUAUAAUUAUUCUCUGAGGAUUUUCUUAUUUGAUGUUCAGAGCAGCCGCCGCCGCAGCAGGUGGAGUCGUUCUUGCCGCUGUCCUGCUCAGAGGAUUUGGGCUGUUUGAGCAGGCCUUUCUGUCCUACUGUGAGAUCCCAGCUUCUCCAGACCUGACGCCGUUUACCAAACCUCAAAGUUUUGUUCUGCUUGUGUUUGCCACAAUCUCCUCCUCACUGUGAGUGUCAGAUUCUGUGGUUGUCAAAACAGGUUUGAUUGACGUGAAGGCACGCUUCUGGGAGGCUGGUUCAUCCUGUGGGGUUGGAAACCUGUUUUCAAAUUGUGUUGCAUGUGUGUGUACCUGCAGGUAGGAGGAAAACGUUUUUUUAUAUGUCCACCCUGACCUUUUGUAUCGGAUUACCUUGUGAGCACAUAUUCUUUUGUAUAUCUGUACUGUUUUGCUAGUCUACUAGAGAUAUUCCUGUCCUGCAUUGCCAAAUAGUUCAGGCAGUCUUCGGGUUUUCUUCACUGGUGUCAGGAAACUUAGGACGCCCUGAAAUCUGUGCCGAAAACAUUUUAGCAGUAUAGCUGUGAAGUGCCCGCACUAUUUUUACACAAAAACAACCUCUUUUGGUCCUGUAUUUUUACUGUGUACCAUGUUCCUUAUUUAUUAUGUGAAGUUUGGAAAAAGGAAAUAAACAAAUAAAGAACUAACUGUUUA